AUGGGUGCUGUAGCUGCCCCACCACAACCAGGUGAAGGAAGCAGUAUGGGUGCUGUAGCUGCCCCACCACAACCAGGUGAAGGAAGCAGUAUAGGUGCUGUAGCUGCCCCACCACAACCAGGUGAAGGAAGAAGUAUGGGUGCUGUAGCUGCCCCACCACAACCAGGUGAAGGAAGCAGUAUGGGUGCUGUAGCUGCCCCACCACAACCAGGUGAAGGAAGCAGUAUGGGUGCUGUAGCUGCCCCACCACAACCAGGUGAAGGAAGAAGUAUGGGUGCUGUAGCUGCCCCACCACAACCAGGUGAAGGAAGCAGUAUGGGUGCUGUAGCUGCCCCACCACAACCAGGUGAAGGAAGCAGUAUGGGUGCUGUAGCUGCCCCACCACAACCAGGUGAAGGAAGCAGUAUGGGUGCUGUAGCUGCCCCACCACAACCAGGUGAAGGAAGCAGUAUGGGUGCUGUAGCUGCCCCACCACAACAAUUCAAAGGAGGCAGUAUGGGUGUUGUAGCUGCCCCACCACAACCAGGUGAAGGAAGCAGUAUGGGUGCUGUAGCUGCCCCACCACAACCAGGUGAAGGAAGCAGUAUGGGUGCUGUAGCUGCCCCACCACAACCUGGUGAAGGAAGCAGUAUGGGUGCUGUAGCUGCCCCACCACAACCAGGUGAAGGAAGCAGUAUGGGUGCUGUAGCUGCCCCACCACAACCAGGUGAAGGAAGCAGUAUGGGUGCUGUAGCUGCCCCACCACAACCUGGUGAAGGAAGCAGUAUGGGUGCUGUAGCUGCCCCACCACAACCAGGUGAAGGAAGCAGUAUGGGUGCUGUAGCUGCCCCACCACAACCAGGUGAAGGAAGCAGUAUGGGUGCUGUAGCUGCCCCACCACAACCUGGUGAAGGAAGCAGUAUGGGUGCUGUAGCUGCCCCACCACAACCUGGUGAAGGAAGCAGUAUGGGUGCUGUAGCUGCCCCACCACAACCAGGUGAAGGAGGCGAGGCAGGUGUUGAAGCUACCUCAGGAACGGGACCGGAACGAGGUCAUUGA